UGUCAUGUUCAACGACUUGUUUGGAGGCUUAUUCAAAAUGGAGUAGAUCGGAGAGUUCAUCCCCUCAGCAGUAACGUCAACUUUUAAUUGUUUUUACUAAUAACUGGUUAGAAAACUAACAACCCUUUCAAAAUGACAGAAGAGAAGAAGACGGGCUCGAUGGGUUUCUUCUCGAGCUACGACGAUUUAAGCGACAGCAGCGACGGUAGUGACUCAGACGAGGACGGGGAGAGAAAGAAGAAACCGGGGACCGAAGCUGGGGGGAGCGGGGCUCAGUGCUCCCAGCAAGGGACCAAGCGAGCAUCCGGUGGGGCUCCGUUACCGAAACCAGACGAGCUGUUCAGCUCUGUAUCAAAGCCUGCUUUCCUCUAUAACCCUCUGAACAAGGAGAUAGACUGGGACAGUCUGACCGUUAAAGCUCCGGAAGAGCCUGCCAGAGAGUUUAAGCCAUGGAAGACAAACGCUGUACCUCCUCCUGAGAGCUAUGCUGCAGAGCCAGAGAAGAAGAAGGGACCUCCUCCAGGCAUGGAUAUGGCCAUAAAGUGGUCCAAUGUGUACGAGGACAAUGGAGAAGAUGCACCGCAGGCAUACACAGGCAAAGCUCGAUUCUUACCUACAGAGGAGCAACAAUCUGACUCAGAUGAAGACGCAGAGAAGGGACAACUGUCUGCAAAGAAACGUCGAGUGGAGACUUUCCAGCAGAAGGAGAAGAGGAAGAGGGACUUGGGACAAGCUACUUCUGACAAGAACUUUGUUGAGGAGGAGAAAAGGAUCCUGAGGCAAAAGGCUGAAUGAGAGCUGUGAUCAGGAAGUGGCUUCUACUUUGAAUAUUUCAUGUCAGUGGAGAACACUGACAUAUUAGCACAGUGAUCGCUGGUUAGCUGUGAACGUAAACACAAAUUGUACCUGUAUGUUGUCAUGAUUUUACAUAGUAUAUUUUUAUUUUAUUAUUAAAGUUCGGUUGGUUAUAAUUUAAAAAGAAAAAAAACUGUGAUUUAACUCUGGGUUGUACUCUUAUAGUUUUGGCCAUCUUUCUCACCAGCUCUUGUCACUGUACACAGGUAUGAUGGAAAUCACUAGAAAAAGCUUUACAGCAUGAACUGGGCCUUACAAAACCAGUUCUUAGACAUGUUUGGUCCCAUUGUGGAUCAUCAGAAGUCUGUCUUAUUUUGUGGCACUUGCUCAUUGAUAUGAACAGAAAAAUCGUUGUCAAACCAAAGCCAUUCAAUGGAGCAUUUAGCCGUUUGCUUUUUCCAUCUGAAAACUGGAACCUGAGAAAGAUAAGUGAGCGGAGGUCAGGCGAGUUAAAGGGCAAAUAGAGAGAAAGCCACACUUGCUGGAACAAAACUGGGAAACCCAAGAAAAAACUGUCUAACCUAGAUUUAAAGCACAUACUUCCACCCAGUCCUGCAGAGAGAUGCACAACUUUGUUGACCAUCUCACCUGCUGCUUUCUCUGCUCUUACCUCCAUCCCACCUGUAGUUCUUUACACCCAGGAGAAAAACAGGCUUUUCUCAUACUCAGGUUGUAAAAUACCAAUUGUUUGUCACUUUUUGGCAGCUUUUAUCCACACAAGGUAUCAUUUAGCACGGAACGAAUGCACUCACACUGGUCAAACAUACUGGACUUUAGGCUCAAACGGGCCCGGGCACAGUACAGAUGGCCUAGUGUGAGUGCGCCCUUAGUGUUUGUUGCAGACAAACAGAAAGCAGAGGACAGGGAUGUACCUGGGAAGGUUUACACCUCUAUGUUGUUGGUUUGGUGAUGAGCCUAGAAAUGUUCUGAAUGAUAUAAUUCCAGAAAAAGGGCAGAAAAAGAAAUGUAUGAUAAUUGAUGUUUAGGGGAUUUUCUGUUUUGGUCUCUACUUUUUCUUAUGUGUGUUUCUCUUUAAACUGUAAGCAAUUUGUAAAUAUGUGACUGGUCGCUUUUAUGUUUGUGUUGUAUUGAAAUGAAUAUCAAAUGUCAUUUCUUGUGCUAAAGUAUCAACGCAAAAAAAAUUGAAUAUCAUCUUGACAACCCUCUGCUCUGUCGCAUUUCAAAGUUUACCCAUACCGCCUGGUUUGGAGUGUCUCUUUCUAAAUGGGUCGACCCUUCAAAAGGACCAUGAUGCAUUGGAAAAAAAAAGAUAUUAGAUUGUAGAUAUAAUUUCAAAUCUUACUAAUGAUUGGCAAAGUUAGGUGUAAUUUCCUAUGUGACUCAUUUUGGAGUGUUCCUCUGGAAAAUCUGUUUGAAGGGUCUUGUAGCCCUUGCACUUGGCCCUUCCCGUCCACUCCAACAAGGCUCAGUAAUAGGGAUGCCAGAUAUUUGACUUUUGUUUAUCCAGUUUGAAGAUAUUUCCAAUUCAUGUUAGCCGAUACUGAUAUAAAAUAAAAAUGUUCUUCAAAUCUAAAACUUUGGUCCUUAAAAACACCUUUAAGUUUAAGUUUGGAAUAACGAAAAACAAAGAAAAAGAUUUCAGCAGACAUGGGUCUGCUGAGGCCUAAAACAACACAAACUUAUUGUUACAUACGGCUAAUAUUGACAGCCAUUGUAUCGGUUGUACAUAUCAACAGAAAAUGUCAUAUCUUUUGAUACAAAUAAAUAACAAUUAUGCUGUUAUACCUAGAUGUGAGUGUAAAAAAACAUAAGGGUAGUAUGAAGUGGUAGGAUCAAGUUAGGGAAUUGGGAUUGAGCCCUAAAAAGUUACAUUUAUCUGAUUUUUGUGAUCAAUUUUUUCCUCUUAGGAAAGACAGCAGCCAUUGAUCCUUCCCUACACUUUAAUAGUUGAUUCUAUCUGACCACUUAAAGGCUGCAGAGACAAUCAGUGAGGGCCAGACUUGUACUCUCUCAUAGUCCAUGUCUUGUAUUGUUUAGUAUGGAGCCACUUCUGCUUUACUUUUAAAUAUGAAGUAAAGACAUACAGGUGACAUGAGACGCAUCCUAACAUGCUUUUGUUUUGGUUCCCUGUGCUACCAAAAAAAAGUUUGCAAACAUGAUGUUACAAUUUUAGCAAUGAAACCCAAAAAAGUCUGAGAAUUAAAUGAAGGGAACAUUGAAGAUAAAGUGUGAUAAAGAGUGCCUGGUUUCCUCUUCCUUUAUUGGAUAAAGUGGGAUUAGUUGGAUUUUCCCUUCCAUAUUUGUUAUCUACAGAGUAAAAAUGACAGUGACAUGUCAUGUGGUGGUUUGUGAUUGUAUUUAAUCAUCACUUUAAACAGGACUUUGUGUUUUGCUCAUUAUUAGAUAUGCCUUGUUCUUCGUCUUUACGGCCACAAGAUGUCACCAUUGAGCUUCACUGGAAAAUUCGCAGUCAUGUUCGCAGUUCAGUCUGAAGCACUUUGACUCUGUGAAGUGUUUGGCAACAACUUUUAACCACUGUCUGUGUGUUUCAGGCAGAGUUUUGAUUUUUACUCUGUAACCUAAGUCUGUCUCAUCUCAGAUCUCUCUCUGUUUACUCAGUCUCAUGUAAGACUUGUUUGCAUGUUUAUAAUCAGGUUAAGUUUGUAAUAUUGGAUGGUUUUAUGGACCCUUGUUUUCUCUUCUUUCUCAGUGUAAACCGUUUUUAUGAAUAGUUGUAUAGUUUGUUUUUAGUGUCAUAUUAUUCAUCAUAAACUAAUUAGGCAAUAAAAGACUUUUUUUUUCUCUCAGGAGGAAGCUGCACCUGUCAGUUAUUUAAAUUGAGUAACUCACUUUAUUGUUCCUUGAAAGUUGUAAUUUUGAAUCAGGUGUGUGCUGAGCUGAGGUUACAACACACGGACUCCAAGAGUAAAAUGAGUUUUAUUUUAUAUCUCAGAGCAUUUUAACAACAUGCCAGUAGCUGUUCCCAGUGUUUAUGAUCUUACUGAUGUAUCUCAGAGUUGUUGCUGCACCAGGAAAUUCCUAAAAGCACUAAAGUAUGGCUGUAUAUGACCAUUCAAAUAAAAAGCUUAAAACUU